UGUUGCGCAGUGGAGUUUAUCAAGAAACUCAAUCAUGAGUCCCUUGGAAUGACAGAGCAGGAAUUUGAUCAACAGAUGCGUGAUGGAAUCCCAGUUACUCUUCAUUCAGCUGACGCGCCCGAUGUUCUUGCUGAUACCAAAGGACGCUACGCUGCCAUUGGCCAGAAGCUAGACUCCAUGGAAGAAGUCAUGACAGCAGCAGAAAUCGAAUUGCGCGCCAAUCAACGACAAACUACCGAUCAUAUAGUCCAACUGCGCAAAAAAUGCAAUCUCCAGCGCACCGUCAAUUUGGAUCCCCGAGAACUCACCACGCCGAAUGUUCUUUGCCUUGGUCCUCCCCCGCCUCCACCUCCACGCACUAAUCGGUCUAGACCAUCACAACAACGACAACCAGUCGCCAAUGUGAUCGAUCAACUCCGGCCGGAUGAGUCGCUUGCUGCUGCACCUUGUCUUUCACCGCUUUCUACGAAUGCGACACCACCUCCGGCUCCACCGAGACGGUGA